AUGGAGGCAAAUAAGGUAUAUUCUGAAGGUAGAAAUUUGACAUAUGGUGAAUUUCCAACCAAGUUCGUGUGGAAGAAAGAUCAUUGGCAACCUAGAAAACAACGUUAUUCGGUUGAGAGGUUGUUUUAUGUUGCUCCUGGCUCUGAUUUGGUGCUAAAUGAUGAUGAAAUUCAGAAUAUUGUGUUGGCCAACAUUGAGAAAUUGCUACUGAACGUUGGUAAAAGUUUGCAUGACUACCAUGGUAUGCCGUAUCCAAAACCGCAGUAUUUUGAAUCAUUUCAGAAUACUUUGAUCAGCGAUGAGUUGUCUUAUGAUCGUGAAGCUUUAAGGAAAGAACACUUGGAAUUUCUAUCAAAGUUCACGGAUGAGCAACUUAAUGUUCAUGAUAUGAUAAUGUCGUCUGUGAAUUCGACUGAAGGAAAAAUGUUUUUUGUUUAUGGUUAUGGAGGUACUGGAAAAACAUUCAUUUGGAGGUCUUUGUCAGCAGAUUCUAUGUGCAAUAUAAAACAAGGAUCUGAUCUUGCGGAGCUUAUCAUAAGGUCGAAACUUAUCAUAUGGGAUGAAACACCGAUGAUUCAUAAGCAUUGCAUAGAAGCCGUUGAUAGGACUUUUAGAGAUAUUCUUCGUGUGUGUAGUGAGUCAAGUGUGCACAAACCAUUUGGUGGAAAGACUAUAGUUUUUGGUGGUGAUUUUAGACAAAUUUUGCCUGUUGUGCUUAAAGGAAGUCGGCAGAAUGUUGUGAAUGCCACCAUUAACUCAUCUUAUCUUUGGAGUAGUUGUAUAGUUUUGAGGUUGACUAAGAACAUGAGACUGUUGAGUGUUGAAUCUUCUGUUGAAGCUUCUAAGUUGAAGGAAUUUUCAUCUUGGGUUGCUUCUGUAGGUGAUGGAGUUGUUGGUGGUCCGAAUGAUGGUGAAGUUGCUAUAGAUCUUCCUUCUGACAUUAUAUUAUCAAAUUCUGGAGAUCCUCUUAAAACCAUUGUUGAAAGCAUAUACCCUUCCUAUAUGGAUCCAGAAGAGUUGAGCAAUUGUUUGCAUGAUCGUGCUAUACUUGCUCCCACGCUUGAUGUUGUUGAUGAGGUUAACCAAUUCAUGAUAUCGGUGCAUCAGGCUCCAGGGCGCGUAUAG